UUUUUUAUUCAUCGCACAAUUUUUAUAACAAAAUUAAUAUUAAUUUAAUAGUUAUGUAAAUUUCUUUUAAAACAUUUUUAUAAAACAAUUCAUACAAUGUUUUCAAACAAAUUGUGUUUUAAAUUAAUUCAUAAAGUGCUUACAAUUUCAAUAUUUUUUGUGUAUAUAAUCCCAAAUUCUUGUGAUACUUAUGCCGACAAUAAUAUAACGGAUGAAACGAGUGGACAGUAUUUCGGUGCUCAGGAACUCAUAUCCAGAAGUGAACCCAAAUUAUUGGGAAUUUUUGCCGACGGAGUCACUGAUCGUACAAAUAAUAGUGUUAUAAGGCUUAACGAUAAUUAUGGGGUCGGAUUAAAAGAUCAAUUUACAAUAAAUAAGCGAGAACAAAUUGGCGAUGAUGACCAAACGAGUGCACAAUUGCCAGAAUAUGACACUAAUAUAAGCCAAAAAAUCCAUUCAUUAAAUCUAUGUAAUAAAUUGGGUGAACAAAGUGAACCGGAACCUAACUGUUUGCUCAGUCCUAUACAAUCACCUCCAGUGAAUAAUCAGAAAGUGCCUUUAUUUCCCGUAUACUUUCAUAUGCAUGAUUUGGAUGUUCAGGGACCCAAUCCCCUCAAAAUGCCUCGGGAAUCAUAUAUCGCAAUGAUGGUGAAGGUGUGUAGUAAACCUUAUGGUCAGCUAUUGAUAUAUGACGAGGAGUCCAAAAAACAUUUAUUGAGUUUUAAUAAUGAUGGUCACACCGAUAUGUGUAACUAUUACGAUGACCAAAGUCCCGGUAAUUACGAGACCUUUGUAUCCGAUUCUAAUAAUAAAUUAUGUUACCUGAACCUGGUGAAAUAA